GGUGAUUGGCUGCUGCGAUCCGCUAGUUGAGCGGGUGUGGAGGUUCUUUAUAAUAAAACUACAGUCGCUGCUUGUCAGCUUUUAAAAAACCGAUCUGAACCCAAGACACACAGCAGCUUGGCGGCUUUUUAUUUCUCUGUUCCAGCAUGUCAUCAGACAUUAACACAGACUUGGAGCUAGAACUGGGCGAGCUGCUUCAGGAGUUCCAGGAUGUGGUGGAGGAGCUGAAGGCCCCCUCGCAGAGCAAACCACACGCUUACCAACGUGUCCUGCAAGAGGCCAAAAGUCGCACGGGGCAGGGGGACGACAGUGGAGUCGAGGACUCUGAUUACAGCAGUGAAGCUUCUUUGGGGAACAGUUUGAACACCAGCGAGGAGGAGCUUCACACAGCAGGCAUAACGCUGGCACCGAAAGCCAAACUGGGAGACACAAGGGAACUUGAAAGUUUUAUCGACAUGUUGGACCGAGAACUUGCUGAGAUGUGAAGAUGGAGAGAAAGCAAGCCAUGUAGAGGGAGGGGGUGGGUGGUGGUAAAACAGGCCAGGGGCGACAUGGCUGGCUAUUGCCGAGCAGACAAGGCAGAUCUACACCAGAGCAGAUCUGAGGGAGCAAACGCUCCCCUGGCUGCUCCAGGGGAAAAGGUUAACAUCAGAAAUUAAAAGGGCACUCCAUUCCAAAAUGCAAGAACACCCUCAGACCCCUGGCAACGCUGCGUCCAGACGAUGUCCCUGCAGCAUCAGAUCCAGGAUGUGCGACAUAUUCUCAAAACUAGACAAAGCUUCCAUCUGUCCGGGCAUAUGAGAAAACGCUGUCUAGAGUAUAGAAAUCAUGCUCGUGCCAUAUUUGAAAAUCCCAUGAGUACUGUGCCAGUAAAGGGCCCUAAAUCCUUAGUGCUACUUUUUUGUUUUUUUAAAGGAUGCUGAUCUUUAUCUAGUUCAAAAUUACAGAUGGCACUUUAAUUUUAAACUAAUUUCAUGUCCAAUGGGUUUAGAUCUGCUGUGUAACAUCAAAUGUCAUUUUAUGCUGACGAUUCCAGUGUACAGUUCUUGUGAAUAUUCAUUUAAAUAUAAAUUGUUGUACAGAUUAAUGCACAUAUAAAUAAAGGUAAAUUUUGAUUUUA